GGUAGCGUCUACUGUGUGGUUACGUUGCAGAUGCUUCCAGUAAAUCGAGUGCGUCUUUUUAUUUGAUGAUGACAUAUUUAGAUUAUAUUUUAAGAAUUGCUUUAGUGUGUCAGUUUGACUGCAUCUGAACGAAUUAGCUAACACAAUGCCACCCAAACGGAGAGGGCCUUUGCUAAACCUUCAAAGAGAAGCGGAUGGCUUGAAGACGAAGCUGGACGGUUUGGUGGCUGACGUCAACCAACUUAAUGAACAUAACCGUGUUGAUCUAAGACAGAGAUGUUCUGAGUUGCUCAGUGCAGUUGAGCAGACAACACAGGCUUUGAAGAAAUUAACUAAAGCAGAUGAGCCUGCACCAGUAGGCAACUAUGAGCUGCGAAAGCAGGAGGAAGAGACACGCCUGCAGGACUUCCACAACCAGCUCCGUACCCUGGAGCUCAACCUCCAGUCCCCUGAGACGUCAGAGGCCAGUGAGAGACUGUCAGCCCAGGGUCCAUCAGGAGAUCAGGAGAGUGAAGAAGACAGUGAGGAAGAGGAGGAGAGUGAAGAUGAGGACAACAACGAUGAGGAUGAUGACGAUGAGGACGAGGAUGAGGAAGAAGAGGAGGAAAGGAGUGAUGUUAAAGAAGGGGAACAUGCAUUGAUGGAGAGAGUUGUUGCCAUCAGCGCUUUCAAAGGAGAACAGCAGGGAGACCUCACCAUGGAGAAGGGAACUGUGCUGCACAUUCUUAAAAAGAACAAAGACGGAUGGUGGCUCGCACAGGACUCAAAGGGCAACAAGGGGCUUGUACCUAAGACCUACGUAAAGGCUCAGCCACUGAAGGAGGAAGAGGAAGAUGAUGAUGAUGAUGAGGAGGAUGAGGAAGAGAGUGAGGAGGAGAAGGAGGAAAUGGAUGAAGAGACUAAGAGCAAAGCAAGAAGCAGUCACUCUAACUGGGAUACUGUGAGAAAGGCCAUCACAGAGAUUGAUGCCACCGAUGUUUUGUCUGCCAUGGGGGCUAUCCCUGCUGGCUUCAGGCCAUCCACCUUGUCUAAACUGCUAGAUGAGGGAGUCACUUACAGAGGAAGUCACUACAUUCAGCCCGAGCUCAGCCAGUCCAAUCUGUCCUUUAAAGACCUCUUUCUGGACCCAGACACCGGCAAGGUUCGUGCUCGCACCUCUCGGGUGUGUUUGUCUCUGUCUCUGUGGAGCUGCAAGAUGAUCCCGCCCCCUGGAGUGGGGUUGCAGGUUCUGAGUCGACACGUCCGCUUCUGCGCCUUUGAUGGAGAGCAGGUGCUGAGUAACAUCUAUACUGUACGAGCCACUUACAGCGCAAAAAACCCUAAGACCUGGAGCUUCUCACCAAGGAUGAGUGGGCAGCUGCCCAGCCUGCUGGACGGAGAGUGCUUCCUGCGCUGUAACUCUGCGUCUGCCAACCUGGGCGUUCUCUUUGAGCUGGGGGUCACCUACAUCCGAAAUUCCACAGGUGAACGGGGUGACUUGAGUUGUGGCUGGACCUUCCUCAAGCUUUAUGAUGCCAGUGGAGCUCUUAUACCACUGCGGACCUAUGAGCUCAUUCUCCAUGGAGGGACUCCUUACGAGACAGAUGUGGAGGUGGAUCCUUCCCUCACCAAAGGAGUAACGGGCAGCGUGUUCCAGCAGAUGCUGAUGUCCAGGAGAGUCCCCAAGCUCAUAGUGAAGCUCCGCACACCAAACAACAGGACCAUGGCUCAUUUAAAUCUUCUGCCGGACACCUUUGUGGGAAGUCUCUGUUCGGUUCAGUUGCUGGCCUUAUAUAGACAGUUACUUGCUGACACGCUACUACUGGAUAGAGUUACCAUGCAAAGUGCAGAUUUGAUCUGCAACUCAGUUCUGGCAACUUUCCCUGAGGUUCUGAAUCAAUCAGAUCUGCUGGAUGCCUUCCAGAGUGCGUGGGAAAAUGCAGAAAAGCUUAUGAAGAGGUCAGAGAAGCGGGACAUGGCGGUGCUGAAACGGGAGUUUGUGAGGGUGUACAUGGAGUACGUGUUCCCCCUGCUCUACUCGGCCGACAUGCCCGCCCCCCUCUGGGCGGACGAUGACGUGGACACUCAGAGAGCUCGCAUCGUCUUCACCAGCAACCACCCGCAGUCCACCGCCCAGCAAGCUUUUGACAUCUCCCAGGUCACCUAUGACCUCCUCAGCUCAGCCAGACACUGACCGGUGUAUAUCGAACAUCACCAAAACACUGACCGGUGUGUGCCAAACAUCACCAAAACACUGACCGUUGUGGCUACAGACAAAGCAGAGACCAAUCAGCAUGGCUAUACAUUAUCCUAUCACACAUCUACGCAUGCUGUAGUGUCCACUCACCUGCAUGAGAUGCUGAUCAUGGAAAAAAAGAAUAUUGUAUGACUGAAGCACGCUUUAUUUAUUGAA